GAUGAAGAUAUUGAGAUGGAUGAGUGGUCAUACGUGAUUGGAUAGAAUAAGGAAUAGAGAUAUAAGAGAGAGAGUUGGAGUAACACCUAUUGUGAAAAAGAUAGUAGAAUCACAUUUUAGGUGAUUUGGACAUGUGAAAAAAAGAUUGACAGAGCACCAGUCAGGAGGGUGAAUGAGAUAGAAAAUGGAUAAGGGGUGAAAGACAGAAGAAAUCUUAGGAAUACCAUCCAUGAGGUGGUCAAACGAGAUCUAUAUGUUGUAAACGGUAGCUCUGUAAACAUGAUACAUGAUAGAACUCAAUGACGUCGUUUGAUCCACGUAGUCAACCCCACCUAGUGAGACAAGACUUUGUUGUUGUCGUUGCUAAUGAUAUAAUAAUAUACAUUGAAUAUCCAUGUAAAAUUAUUUCAUAAAUUCAUAAAUAAAGCAUAGGUACUUCUAUGACAACUUGUUAGACAUUUUAUAGGACACGUAUGGCAUUGUUAGUGCUAGCACGUUUGAAAUUUGGCAGGUGAUAUUAUAGGUUAAUGUUGAAACUUGUUUCAUAAUGUCGUGCAUACAAUCAUUAUACAAAAAAACAUAUGGUAUUAAGGAGUAAUUGGCCAACAUGUCAUUAUUAUCAUCAUCAUCAUCAUUUCAGAAUCAAUUAAUUUAUAUUAGAGAUAGAACAUGGUCAGCACGAUCAAGAUGUGGAUGGACAUAUAAAUAAACCAAGAAAUAUGAACACAAAAUUGCAAAGAAAGCUGAAGGUGAUGUCCCUAUGACAAUAAUGGACAGCCCCAAAAUCCUAGUCAAGAAGAGCUCACAAAAAGAAAAGCAUACUGUGGUAGAUCCAAUGACAGUUGAAGAUUCUUCUUUCAAUCAUGGAUUCUUUGAUAUUUCUCUUCCAAUUUUUAGCACAACUAUGGCAUUUCUACCACUACGACCUCUAAAACCAAAAUUCUUGAGACACAGUCUUCCAAAUUCGGCUAACUCAUCGCCAGGGUUAACCUCGGCUAUGUUCAAGAAGAAUACAAAAGUUGGGAUUUGGGAAUCACGACGUCAAGCUAGUAACUUGACACUCAAGGAUCAUCAUCUGCAACCAGAGAUCAACUUAAGAAGAAGCAAGUCGUGUGGUGAACGAUGGGAUUAUGAGCCGUCGGAUGAACUUGAUCUUUGGUUGCUCAAAUCGUCUAUUGCCAAACAUGCUAACAGGUCUCCUCUUAACGAGAUCCAAUCCAUUAGUACUGGUAUAAUCGUUUCUAACCAGUCUUGUGGUAAUUUCUCCAGAGAAAAACCUCUUGAUAGAAAUCUUUCCAGUGGCGACGGUUCGUUGGAACCUGAAGAGGGAUUCAAAUGCAAUGCUCUUUGCUUGCACUUGCUGAGUUUUGGAAAAUCAAAGCAACUUAAGGAAAGAAAGAAAGGGCAAGAAAUGGAAGGUGCAUUAGUAUCUAGAAGAGUCUCUUUGGAGAAGUUUGAAUGUGGUUCUUGGGCUUCUUCAGCUCUAUUUCAAGAGAUUGAAGGAAGGGAUUCUAAGAGUACUAGUACCUACUUUGACCUACCAAUGGAAUUGAUCAAAUGGAAUGCCAAUGAUGUAGAUGCACCAAUUUCAUCAGCUUUUGUCUUUGAGAAGGACCAUGAUAGGGUUCUCAAUAAUGGAUCCUCUAAAACAAGCCUUGACUCUCAAGAAUCCUACAUUAGUCCUCGUUUAAGAAAAGCCAGAGAGGAUUUUAAUGCUUUCUUAGAAGCACAAAAUGUAUGAUGAUCUUUUCU